CUUUCUCUCUGACUGAGCGUUGUGUUGCGACUUAAAACCGAGAGAUAUUUAUAAAAGAAAAAGAAGUUACAAACAUGAAUAAAUUGCAAUUGAAUAACAGAUCGUGAUACAUUUUAUCUGUUUAUUCUUUAUAUCUCAGUAAGCAUUCAACUUCAGGAUGUACGUUUAUUAAAACUACUUUAAGCGGAUGUCGUUAGGAGAGACUUGUUUGGAAAAUCAACUCUUUGAAAACGUUGAAAGGCAAUCGUUAUUAGUAGACAAUAUGGAUAGUAGCACUGACGAUAGUAUUACGAGUACUGAGGAUGUUAAGUCCAGAAUGGCAGAGUCUUUUGAUAGUUAUAUUGAGCAGGAUGACACAAGUGAUGGCAAUAAAGAUUCCCCGCCUAACAUGCGAACGUAUCCCAACUUGAAACACCUGUUAGCUACAGAAAAUCAUGAUGGGCUAUAUCCUGAGCAGUUUACCAAAGAAUGUAUUUAUGAGCACCAAAGUAAAAGGAAGAAAUUGAAUAAUGGAGAAGCAAUUGGCACUGACGCAUUUUCUGAAAAAUCUAUUGAUGAUAAUGAAGCAAUGGAUAAUACAGACAUCGAUGGCGGCGAAAGUAAUGUAUCACGGAAAAUUCAGCAUAUGAUGAAAAAAAUGGGAUACAAACCAGGCAGAGGUCUUGGAAAGGAUGAUCAGGGUCGUGUGGAACCGAUAGAAGCAGUUACACAACAUGGUCGGAGAGGAUUUGGACAUAGCGUGCCUGGUCUCAAGGAAGCGAGUCUCAAGUGGAAUCCUCAGGAUGAAGAAAUAAAUGUUAUAGAGGAUAUUGAAUGGAUCUGUUCUAAUACACCUUUUACUGACUAUUACAUGUUGGAGGAUUGGAUAAAGAUGGGACCGAAGAAACUUAGUAUAGAUGACGAGCACAUGUUCUGUAGUCCGAUUAUUUUAAAGCAUAUCAUUGAAGCCAAAACUGUAUUCGAUAGAUUGGAUAAGUCGGAGUUGCGUAGAGCAAGACUUCGUUCGAAUCCGUACGAAACAAUUCGCUCUGGUAUCUUUUUGAAUCGUGCAGCUGUCAAGAUGGCGAAUAUAGACAGGGCAUGCGAUUUUAUAUUUACAAAGCCGAAGAAUUUAGAUAAUAAUGAAUUGUUGUACUUUGCGGACGUGUGCGCUGGCCCAGGUGGCUUCAGCGAAUACAUUCUAUUUAGGAAAAAGUGGCAUGCCAUGGGAUUUGGCUUUACUUUAAAAAAUGAGAAUGAUUUUAAAUUAGAUGACUUCUUGGCCGGUCCAUGCGAAACAUUCCAUCCGUUUUAUGGCUCCAAGGAUAAUGGAGAUGUAUUCGAUGCACAGAACCAACAGGAAUUUGCUGAUUUAGUGAUGAAGCAUACUAAUAACUCAGGUGUACAUUUCAUGAUGUCGGAUGGAGGAUUCUCAGUGGAGGGUCAAGAGAACAUCCAGGAGAUCCUAUCGAAGCAGUUAUAUCUAUGUCAAUGUCUAGUGGCGCUAAUGAUAGUGAGACCAGGCGGCCACUUCGUUACAAAGCUGUUCGAUUUAUUUACACCUUUUAGUGUCGGACUUGUUUAUUUGAUGUAUAAAUGCUUCGAUGGUAUUUCAAUCUUCAAGCCGAAUACUUCUAGACCAGCUAAUUCCGAACGUUAUUUAAUAUGUAAAAGCAAAAGAAACGAUACACAUGAGAUAAUAGAUUAUCUCACUGAGAUUAAUCGUUUGCUUUCGAUGAAUGAUAAUGACAAAGAUGUGGUGGAAAUAGUACCGCUUGAUGUAUUAAGUGCAGACAUACAGUUUAUAAAUUAUCUUAGAAAUUCUAACGAUAUUAUAGGAAAAAGACAAUUAGUAAAUCUAUUAAAAAUUGCCGCAUUUUGUGAAGAUGAAACAUUAAUAGAACCUAAGCAAGCAGAUAUGCGGAAGGAAUGCUUGAAGCACUGGCAGUUACCGGACAAAACCAGAGUAAGGCCUCGAGUCUCAAAACCUCAAGACAAGGCGCUUGAAAUAUUGGGUGAAUUCGUGAGAUUGCUCAAAUGCGAGGCGACAAAAUUGAAGAGCGACAACAUACAAAAUACGAUUUUAAAUCAUCCGUAUGAUUGGUAUUGCAUGCCGUGCAGUUCUGGUCCGUAUGUCGAGGAAGAUAAAUUGGCCACAUUUUACUUGGGUCUGGGAAGAAGAAUGGUCUAUCGAUAUGUAAGAAACAAGUGGGACUUGGUAGGAGACGCAAAAAUCGAGUUACCGGCCAACACUCUUGUAUAUGCUGAAUUAGUAUAUGAAACCAGGUGGACCGGAAAAUAUUUCUCCAAGACACGAGCGUUGCAUAUCAUAGAUGCUUACAUGCUCGGUGGAGAAGAUGUAAGCAGUAUGUACCUAUCCCAGAGGUAUAAACUCACAAAAAAAUUUUGUGACGCAAUAUGGAAGCCAAUUCCCAGCGAUUACAUUUGCAUUCGUGCUAAAGAAAGAUUUCUGCUGACACCUGACAUACAUAAGCGACUACGAAUUACACAGCGCCGCGUGAAAUUACCCAUCGCAUUUGAGCUUACGAAGAAUCCCCUGGAAUACGGCAACAUAAAUGAACCUGUCUACGCUGCUUUUAACAGUGUCAUAUUUGUUCGGAGCAUCGCGAAGCCUUGGGCCCGUCAUCUUAGCCAAAAGACUCGAGAAUAUUACGUUCACAAUUCAGGUACGGGACAAUCAGAAUAUGAGAUUCGGGAUAAAAUGAACAACAGGCCGUCAGACGCCGAGGCAAAAUUUACUGUAGCAUUUGAGGAACGCGUUACCUGGAGUUGGCCGCAUGACGCACACGAUACAUUGAAUAUGGAAAAUUUAAUACAAUUGUUAAAUCCACCUAAACGUACUUAACUUGUGAUGCAAACACGUAUAUAGUCAUUGUAUAUAUUGUAACGUUUGCGCGCGCGUGUACAUAGUUUGUAUAUAGAAAUCGUUUUCAAGAACAUGUAUGACAAAAAA